AUGAGCCGCUCGGGGACUUGGGACAUGGACGGGCUGCGGGCGGACGGCGGGGCCGCUGGGGCGGCGCCGGCCUCCUCCUCGUCCUCUGUGGCGGCGCCGGGCCAGUGUCGCGGCUUCCUGUCGGCGCCGGUGUUCGCGGGGACACAUUCCGGACGCGCGGCGGCGGCAGCGGCGGCAGCAGCUGCAGCGGCGGCGGCGGCCUCCAGCUUCGCGUACCCGGGGACCUCAGAGCGCACAGGCUCCUCCUCGUCGUCGUCAUCCUCGGCUGUGAUCGCCACUCGCCCCGAGGCUCCGGUAGCUAAAGAGUGUCCUGCGCCAGCGGCCGCCGCGACCGCUGCAGCACCCCCGGGCGCUCCGGCGCUGGGCUACGGCUACCACUUCGGCAAUGGCUACUACAGCUGCCGCAUGUCGCACGGUGUGGGCUUACAACAGAACGCUCUCAAGUCGUCGCCGCACGCCUCUCUCGGAGGUUUCCCGGUGGAGAAGUACAUGGACGUGUCGGGCCUGGCGAGCAGCAGCGUACCGACCAACGAGGUGCCCGCGCGAGCCAAGGAAGUGUCCUUCUACCAGGGCUACACAAGUCCCUAUCAGCACGUGCCUGGGUACAUCGACAUGGUGUCCACUUUUGGAUCCGGGGAACCUCGGCACGAGGCGUACAUCUCCAUGGAGGGCUACCAGUCCUGGACGCUAGCCAACGGGUGGAACAGCCAGGUGUACUGUGCCAAGGACCAGCCUCAGGGGUCCCAUUUUUGGAAAUCGUCCUUUCCAGGGGAUGUGGCUUUAAAUCAGCCCGACAUGUGUGUCUACAGACGGGGAAGGAAGAAAAGGGUACCUUACACCAAACUGCAGCUCAAAGAACUGGAGAACGAGUACGCCAUUAACAAGUUCAUUAACAAGGACAAGAGGCGGCGGAUCUCGGCUGCCACCAACCUCUCGGAGAGACAAGUGACCAUUUGGUUUCAGAAUCGGAGAGUGAAAGACAAGAAAAUCGUGUCCAAGCUCAAAGACACUGUCUCCUGA